AUUCAGUCUCUAGCUCUGGUUGUGCGCACUACUUAGUUAACUUGUGACAAUGGGGUUGGAUAAACGCACGAUUAAGAUCAUUGUGAUUGUUACUGUAACUGUUCUUGUGAUUGGUGGCAUCAUCGGCCUUGUUCUGGGUCUUCUUUUGCCAUAUCGUUAUGUUGAACUCGAAGUAUGGCCUCGGUCAGACGCGUAUAACUAUGAACAACCACUGAUCCACUUCCGCGUCAGUGACUCGGGAACUUGGCAUCCAUGGUACAAGAAGCUCAAUGAAUUUCUUAAGCCAUAUGAGACAACAGUGCCCGAGGAGCCGCCUCGUGCCCCCUGUUCCGUGCACCAUCAUGAACAACGACUACCCGUACCGAACUGUGAGCGCGCUCUCAGCAUGUGGGCCCCUUGUAACGUUGAUAACUUCUACGGUUACAGGGAAGGCAGGCCUUGUGUCUUCCUUCGAUUGAACCACAUCCACUAUUGGGUACCAGAACCUUAUAACGUGACUGUUCCUCUAUCCAUUCCACAAGAUAUGCCAAACAACAUCAAGAAAGCAAUGCACCUAUACCCUGCGAACCAAUACGGCGACUUCAUUUGGGUAUCAUGCAAAGGAGAAUUUACCGCUGAUGAGGAGAAUAUUGGGCCAAUCCAGUACAUCCCCGCUAACAUGCCUCCGGGAUUCCCCGCAAGUCGUCUUCGUACGGCUGAUCGUAUUCCACGCUCGGAUCGGUCACUCCCUGAUCUGAUUUCUGGGCCUCUGAUUGCAGUUGUCUUUGAGAAUCCUCACCGUGGUGUGGUGAUCAACGUGGAGUGUCGUAUCUGGACACGUGACAUCGUCUACGAUCGCAACAGUCGCGUUGGACUCGCACGCUUCGAACUUUACAUCGAGUAAUUUUAUUAUGAUUAAUUUAUUUAUUAUCUGUACACAUAUAUUGUUGUAAUAAUGGAUCAAUUAAAUCAAUUCAUGGUAUUUAAGUUUUGUGGGCAUUGAACUAGUAUUUUUUAUUAAGGUUAGCAUAGUGACACUGAUA